AUGCUCGUCAGCUCGUUUCUUCUGCUGACUUCAGCAGUCGGCACAUAUAGCUCGUACCUUACUCCUAAGACGGAAGAAUAUGCGGUAAACGGGACGAGCCUACCAGAUGUCGACUUCGACAUCGGUGAAUCGUAUGCCGGAUAUCUGUCUAACAGACCGUCGGGUGACUCGAAUCUAUACUUUUGGUUCUUUCCUUCCACGAAUCCUGAUGCUUCUGAGGAGAUCACUAUCUGGUUAAAUGGCGGCCCGGGAUGUACCUCUCUUGCCGGAUUACUUCAAGAGCACGGUCCAUUCCUCUGGCAGCCCGGCACUUCAGUCCCUUUCCAGAACCCAUAUUCCUGGAACAACCUAACCAACAUAGUCUACGUGGAUCAACCCGCAGGUACGGGCUUAUCGUUAGGGCCCGCAACUGUAUGGAAUGAAAACGAUGUGGCGAAUCAGUUCAUCGACUUCUGGAAACGUUUCGUGGAUACAUUUGACCUAAAGAACCGCAAGGUUUACAUCACUGGCGAGAGCUACGCCGGAAUGUAUAUCCCGUACCUUGCCUCUGCCAUGCUUGACAAAGAGGACUCGGAGUAUUUUGAUGUCUCCGGGGUCCUGCUUUAUGACCCACUCUUCAACGAACGAAACUCGCAGGUCAAUCCUCCUGCGGUACCCAUGGUGAACUACUUCAAGCCGGUCCUAGGUCUGAACAACACCUUCAUGGAUCAGAUCAACAGCCGUCAUAAGGACUGUGGCUACGCCGAUUUCAUGGACCAGGCUCUCCAAUUCCCUCCAACGGGCACUCUUCCGCCUGCCCCCAGCGCUGACCGACCCGGAUGUGACAUCUGGACCGACAUCCUCGACGCAGCCACUUACGUGAACCCCUGCUUCAAUAUCUACCACAUCACGGACUACUGCCCUGUGCUUUGGAAUGUACUGGGCUUUCCCUCCACAGAUGCCGGCCCCAGCAACUACUUCAACCGCAGCGACGUCCAGAAAGCCAUCAACUCCCAGCCCAUCGACUUCCACGCCUGCUCGUUGGGUAAUAUCUUCCAAGGUCAGGAUAACCUGGACCAGUCCAUCCCCAGUGCUCUCGGACCCUUGCCGAGCGUGAUCGAACGCACCAACAAUACCAUCAUCGGACACGGACUGCUCGACUUCGUCUUGAUCGCCAACGGCUCACUAGCAGCGAUCCAGAACAUGACCUGGAACGGGCUGCAAGGAUUCCAAGAGCCCCCGACGGAAUCGUUGUUUGCCCCCUACCAUCCAUUCUAUGGCAAGGCGUCACGAAUGGAUCUCGACGAGGACCAGCCCCUGACUCACGACGCCGGUGCCGGAUUCCUGGGUACCGCUCACACUGAGCGUGGUUUGACCUACACCACGGUGGAUCUUGCCGGACAUCAGGUCCCUCAAUAUUCCCCUGGCACCGCGUUCCGACAUCUUGAAUUCCUUCUAGGGCGGAUUGAUAGUCUGUCUGAGAUCACGAAGACAUUCUCUUCUGGACUUGGAUAA